CACUGAUGCGCACUGAUAGGCAGCACGAACUGGCACUGAUAGGCGGCACGGAUUGGCAGCACUGAUAGGUGGCGCUGACUGGCAAUGAUAGGUGGCACUGACUGGCACUGAUGGGUGACACUGAAAGGCAGCUCAGAUGGGCACUGAUGUGGCACUGAUGGGCACUGGCACGAGGCACUGACAUAAGGCACUGAUGGACACUGACAGGUGGCACUGCUGGGGCUACACUUAUCAUCAGGGCACAAUAAUCAUCAGUGCCCUGAUGAUCACUGAUCACAUGACCGAGCCGACAUCUUCGGCUCUUUCCGUGAUCGGUGAUCCGCUGUGUCUGAGGGACACAGCA